GGCUGUGAUACCGCAUCGUGACAUAGCAGGAUGGCAAGGUUAAUUUACAACUAUCCUUAGGCUGAUUUUAUACGUAUAUAUAAGACGGUUUGAUUUGCCUCAAAUGGAAUGAUAGAGUUUUCUGUCACAAUUCAACUUGAAGAAUAAUUCAAGUCAAGACUCAAGAUGAUGUCUUCAAAGACUUUCUUGCCCUUACUUCUUUCGCUUGCGCCCCAUGCCAGCACGGCGGCGGCGACCAUCCGCCACGGUAACAGCACAGGAAUCCAAUGGGGACCCUGCGAACUAAACACGACACUUCCGGUACAAUGCGCCCAGCUGCCCGUCCCGCUCGAUUAUACCGACAAGAGUCGCAGCGACAUUCUCGUGCUGGAUCUCAUCAGGUAUCCGGCUCAGAAGCAGCCGAAGCGCGGCAGCAUCCUCCUCAACUUCGGCGGCCCAGGCCAAGACGGCCUAGAAAGCAUGCUUGCUUAUGCAGAACUCAUGGGCCCAACCACUGGAGGUUAUCAUGACCUCGUAAGUUGGAACCCAAGAGGGACUGGUAAAACUCUUCGGUUCUCCUGCUGGCCCGAGGAUACCACGGGAUAUUAUGCCGCCAUGGGAAAUGCCCUAGCUGGCGGUGCGGACUCGGCAGUGGGCAAGCUCUGGGCGGAAGGCGAGAUUAUAGCGUCUCAGUGUCGCGAGCAUCAGAAAGAGACCGGCGAAUACGUCGGCAUGGCGUUCGUCGCAAGGGAUAUGAUGCAAAUUGUCGACGCCCUGAACGAAGAUGGCCUGCUUCGAUACUGGGGGAUUUCGGGUGGCACUACGCUGGGAGCCACUGUUACUGCGAUGUUUCCUGAUAGGGUAGAUAGGGUCGUUCUUGAUGGAGUGAUGAACGCGCAUGAGUAUUACAACUCUUUUGGUGAACCUGAGAUGGUCGCAUCGACGGACGCUACUUGGGAAGAGUUCAUGCGGGGGUGUAUCGCGAUGCCCGAAAACUGCGCCCUUGCAAAGAACAGGACCUACGAAGAAUUAGAAGCGGCCAUGACGGAGCUAUUCGGCACCGUCCGAAACAACCCGCCAGCCUUUAACGGCACCGUCGUGUUCCAAUACGAUCUGUUCAAGUCCCACAUCUUCAGCACGCUGUACUCGCCAUCCAAGUGGCCGGCUCUAGCGCAGGCGCUCGAAGAUGUGCUCGAGGGCAACCUAGAGACCUUUGUGAACCGCGUCCUAUCGUUUUCGAUUCCGUCCCAAGACCAGGCGAUCCUCGGGAUUCGCUGCGGCGACAAGAAGCCACGAACAAACAAGCUCUCCGACCUCGGACCCGUCUUUGAGCAGUACCACAAGGCCAGCAAGUGGUUCUGGGACUGGGGAUGGGGAUACUACGUGACGCCUUGCGCGCAGUGGGAAUUCCAGGCCAAGGAGCGGUACGAGGGCAACUUCCAAGUCAAGACCAAGAAUCCCAUAUUAUUCGUCGGCAACAGUUUUGAUCCUGUUACUCCGCUCACCUCGGCCAAGAACAUGAGCUCUGGUUUCGAGGGCAGCGUCCUACUUACACACAAUGGUCACGGCCAUCUGUCUCUCACGCAGCCGUCAAACUGCACGAACGCCGCCAUCCAAAACUAUUUCCUCGAGGGCACACUACCGGCAGAAGGAACCGUCUGCGAGCCCAACUUCCAGUUGUUUGACCCGGCUGCUUCAAUGUAAUAGCAAUGUGGUAUAUUAUACCUUUUGCAUUUUAACUUCAUGUCGUCUGUCGUCCACUUCACGAUUUGUCUUUUGGUUACAUAGGUACCUAAGUACUUAACUAUUUAAGGUACCUUUUAUAAAGAAACGGGGCAACCUCUACAAUUUAUUGAAAUGCCUACCUGGUAAACAUUUAUUUUUUUUUAAAAUCAUUUGCUGCCUACUAUGGAUAGCCGCAUACUAGUUUCAAUAUGGGCCC